AUGUCGUCGCUGUCGCGUCGGGCUUGCUACAAAUGUGGCAAUGUGGGCCACUAUGCCGAGGUCUGCUCCUCGGCGGAACGUCUUUGCUACAACUGCAAACAGCCAGGCCACGAGUCCAACCAGUGCCCUCUCCCACGUACAACUGAGGCCAAGCAGUGUUAUCACUGCCAGGGACUUGGCCACGUUCAAGCUGACUGUCCUACUCUGCGCCUCACUGGUGCCGGUGCCAGUGGCCGCUGCUACAACUGCGGUCAGCCUGGUCACCUAGCUCGUGCAUGCCCAAACCCAGCCGCUGUUGGCAUUCCCCGGGGUCCUCCGGUCGGCCGCGGUGGAUAUGGAGGCGGCUUUGGUCGCGGAGGAUUUGCCGGAGGCGCUCGUCCUGCCACCUGUUACAAGUGUGGUGGUCCCAACCACUUUGCUCGGGACUGCCAGGCACAGGCCAUGAAGUGCUAUGCCUGCGGAAAGCUCGGUCACAUCUCUCGCGACUGCACCGCACCCAACGGUGGCCCGCUCAAUACUGCCGGCAAGACCUGUUACCAGUGUGGUGAGGCAGGCCACAUUUCUCGCGACUGCCCGCAGAAGGCUGCAAGCGGAGAGAUUGGCGUUCCGGCUCCUGUUGACGUGACCCCUGCUCCCCAGGCCAUCCCUCCCGUUGCCUAA